GCUGUCUGACGAUGGUAGACUGGAGAGACGGAUGGUCAGGGCCGUCCUCGUCUAACCUGAACAUGCAAGUGUAACUCUGUUCACGCCCGGUUAUAGUGCUAAACCAGGUUAACACGUUCACGCAGCCUCAGCUAGUCACAUAACGUUUCUUUCGAUGAUGGAGGACGACUGUGUGUGUGAGUACGACUCGACCUGGGACACAGAGAGUGAUGGAGACGACCCGGCCGGAGAGAGCCAAACCCGUCGGUCAUGUCAAGACAAAAACAAAUCUGGCUGGUCUUUAAAUUGGCAUCACACGCCCAGAAACAUGAGGGCAGCAAAGGACAUGCAGAACUACAGAAGAGAAUAUCCAAAUCUCACAGAUGACGAUUGCUCAGAAGACAAAAUGAACAAUUUGCAGUUUUAUCUCAAUAAGUUCCCCUCUGCUCCUGAUGAUGUCUACAUUGAAUCAUUCCUCAAGGAAUGGAAAAAUGACUACAAAAGACUAGAGAGAGUUCACUCGUACAUUCAGUGGCUGUUUCCACUGCGAGAGCCGGGGGUUAAUUACAUGGCUUCAGAACUCACCAAGAAGGAAAUUGAGGCGUUCAAGAAGAAUGAGGAUGCCAAAAAGAGACUAGUCGAGUCCUAUGAACUCAUGUUGGGCUUCUAUGGCAUGCGUUUGGUCAACAAAGAGACGGGCGAAGUGAAACGAGCCGAUAAUUGGAAGGAACGGUUUGGAAAUCUGGAGAGGAAUAUGCACAACAACCUGCGCAUCACUCGCAUCUUAAAGAGCCUCGGCGAGCUGGGCUUCAAGCACUACCAGGCCCCACUGGUGCACUUCUUUCUGGAAGAAACUCUAGUCAAGAAGACCCUCAGCAGUGUUAAGCGCAGUGUGCUCGACUACUUCCUGUUUGCUGUCCGGGACAAGCAGAAACGCCGGGAGCUGGUGCGUUUUGCCUACUAUCACUUUGAGCCAAAGGAUAAGUUUGUGUGGUGUCCCAGAAAGAUUCAAAAACAAUUCAGGAAGACGGAGAAAAGAUCUGAUGCCGUUGGGAAUGGAGAUGGAAAAGAUGAAGCUUAUUCACGGAGUAAAAGCAAAGACGGAGAAGCAGUCGUGCAACAAAAAGAGGAUGGACUGGAUAAUGUUACGAAAGCUCAGAAAGGAACAGAUAAAACAACAAGUAAAGACAAAAACAAACUGUCUGAAGCAUCUCCUGAGCCAAAACCAGAGGAGGAGACCGUUGGGAAUGGAAACGCAGAGGCAGAGUCCAAUAAUGAAAUUUUGGGGAAUGGAAAUGACUCUACAGAUGAUGCUGAUGAUAUGGAUCAGUCACCCAGUCCUGAGUCUGAGACAACAAAAACCGAGCCCUGUGCAGACAGCGAGGACACAUUAACCAACGACUGGAAGGACACCCCCAAGGAACCGGACAACAUUAUGCAAACAGAUGGGGACACAGACACUGAAAAACCACCGAAGAAGAAGAGGGAAGACAACAAGGUGCUGCCAAGCAACGGCCCUGCUGGGGACGCCGCCAGCGGGCAGAUGGAGGAGAAAGCUGGUGCUAAUAAAGCCACCGGUCAAACGAGCCCGUCAGCGCAAACCCCCGCUAAGACUUCAAAACAUUCACCCUCUCUUUCUUCUGGAAGGGAGGAAAAAAUCCCAAGGACUGAUUUUAAUCAAGUGCCAGAUAAAAAGGAGGAGGAAGAAACGUCACAGGCAAACGUGUCGGCAACAAAUGGGUCAGCGACAAGCACCGAGAAAGGUGCAGAUGAACAGACAAAUGGGAAGGAGUCGGAGGAUAUUGAUAUGGAAUCAAACCCCUCGAGCUCAGACCAAAAUGUGGGAAGUUCAUGAAUUAGCUGGAUGAUUAGAGAAAAUGCAUUAAUUUGAGCUGAAAUGAAAUGUAAUAUAGGGACAGAGUAUGACUAAAAAAAGACUCCCUGGGCCUUAUUUCUACUAUAUUUGAUGUUUAGAUAUUGAUUCUUUUCACUUUGAAGGAGUAUAUGAAUUAAUUAACGCUAAAUGUGGGACUGGAUGUGGCUCGGUUUCCACGUGGCCAUCAGACAAUAUUAAAGGAUGAGGUUGGUGAUAUUCUGUACAUUUGUUAUUGUCGACAAAUCCCAUAAAAAGGUCAAAAACCAGCAAGAGACUCAACACACUACAGACGGUUAACUUGUUAGCAAUAUUAGCUUGCUGGUUGUCGUGCAAGGGGGUUAAAAAAUAAAGCGAACAUGAAGAGUCAAAAACUGCAGUUCCUUGAAUGGCCACUCGAGGCUGCCUCCAGAUGUGAGUUAACUAAACAGCAGAAAUAAACAUGUUUACAGCCCGAUCCAACAAAAAAAAGGUUUUGGUCUCUUUAGCUAUUUUCCCCAUUUAUGAAAUCUGUACAUUGGAUGUUUUUUUUAAUUAUAUAUCAAUUUACGUUUUCUUAAUUAAGUGCAGGCCGCUUAGAGUGAGAGGCUGUGUGCCAAUAGUGUCCUCUGGUUCUCAUUCAGAUCCAUCCCUCUCUCCUCCACCUUCUUAUCCAAAUUUAGUCACUUCAGGCUCCAAAAAAACAAAAUACUGACAGCCAAAAUGCCAAACUCGAGGCUUCAAACAGCAGUCUCCGACCCUCGGGUGAAGUUACGGUAGCUACAUCCAAUAAUGUAAACAGUCAACUGUUCACAGUGGGCGCAGAAGUGCUGAAAAACCUGCAGAUUUUUCAUGAAGCGCUGCCCGCUUCCAUUUGGUGCCACGGCACCGAGCUCUGGUUUGGCUCUCAAUCUGCAGCAACAGUUUCGUCAUCUAGUCAGUUUUUUCUUUGAGCCUCGAGCAAAUUUGGAAAACAAACUGAUAAUAUGUUAUUAAUGAUAUAAAGGAUAAUUAGAUGUUAUAUAAAUGAUCUGGUAAUGAUAAAAUAUGCAUCGCAUGCUUACUUGCGUCUAAUAUUUGUCAGUUGUGUCUAAACAAAGUGAGAGACAAGCAGUUACAGACUGAUCUCUGCUGUUUUUAGGCAAAAUAAUGUCACAGCACGUAAAUAGUUCCCAUCAAAUUUUACACAAAUGGAGGUAAAUAGUGUUUUUGUUGAGGACUAUUUCCUGCAGGGGUUGUUAGUAUUUACAGCAGCAAGGACUGUGCAUGUGGGAUUGACUGAAAUGAACUACAACUUAUUGUAAUGCAACAGUUUGAUGUGUUUAAUUGUAAAAAAAAACAACAAAAAAACGGAUGUGAAAGAAGAUUAAGCUAUCAGGCUUUGGAUGCACAGAUGAUGCUUGUGAGCGGGAUAAAUUUGUUUUGGUCUUUUUGUGGGAUUUGUUGACAGUAGGAAAAAUAUAGCUCAUCCUUUUUAGAUGCUAAUGACUAAGGCUGAUAUUUAAUAUGUCUAGAGAAUACAUAAAGCACUAUUAUUAAUGUAUAUCGAUGAAAUGAUGGUUUCAGCAUUUUUUAACACCUUAAUACUUUCACAAUUGAACAUUUUUUUUGCACUGAAAAACAAUUAAUUGGAAGAGCUUUUUUUGUCUUUGGGCUGUUUCUGUGUGAGUUAAAAUAAUCUGUACUGGUUUGUGUUUCUGCUGAAACCCGCUGUUUAAAUGGAUUUAAGACUGAAUGUCACUUAAGUUAUAUUUCAGUAAUGUUGCACAAUCUGUGUUUUCAUGCAGAUUUGAGAAGAAGACUUUCUGAACUGAGAGCCUUGCCAAAAAAUGUGAUAAGACUGGUUGAUUGUACAAUAUGUAUGUCCUCUCGGCAGAACUGAUAAAGCUUUGGCUAUAAUUUAAAGUCCACUGUAUGUUAAUUUGACAUGAGUGAAGUCCAUGGACAUUUACAAGCCAGGGUGAGUAUAUUGAUGCAUCUUUUUUAUAUUUGCACUUAAUUUUCACUAUUAAUUUUUGACGUUAUGGUAUUUACAAAAUGAAAACGCUAAUAACUUUACAAAAGUACUGAAUUCUUUGUAUAUGACCCCCCCCCCCGGCUAAAUACCUGGCUGUUGGCAAAGCAGAAUAAAGCUAUAUUAUUUUUUGAA